AAAACCUGAAAAAGGAGUCCAGUACCUAAUUGAGCGAGGUUUUGUGCCAGACACUCCGGUUGGUGUCGCCCACUUUCUCCUACAAAGAAAAGGUCUCAGCAGACAGAUGAUCGGAGAAUUUUUGGGAAAUCGGCAAAAACAGUUCAACCGGGAUGUCUUAGACUGCGUUGUGGAUGAAAUGGACUUCUCAACAAUGGAACUGGAUGAAGCACUCAGGAAAUUUCAGGCUCAUAUCCGUGUUCAAGGAGAAGCCCAGAAAGUAGAACGGCUCAUUGAAGCUUUUAGCCAACGAUACUGUAUCUGCAAUCCAGGUGUGGUGAGACAGUUUAGAAAUCCUGAUACCAUCUUCAUUCUAGCUUUUGCCAUCAUACUGUUAAACACAGACAUGUACAGCCCAAAUGUGAAACCAGAACGCAAAAUGAAGCUAGAAGAUUUUGUCAAGAAUCUACGGGGUGUGGAUGACGGCGAGGAUAUCCCACGAGAAAUGCUGAUUGGGAUUUACGAGCGGAUCCGCAAACGGGAGCUGAAGACGAAUGAGGAUCAUGUAUCCCAAGUCCAGAAGGUUGAAAAACUUAUAGUAGGAAAGAAACCAAUUGGAUCUCUGCACCAUGGACUUGGUUGUGUCCUCUCUCUACCCCACCGGAGGCUUGUUUGCUACUGUAGGCUGUUUGAAGUUCCAGAUCCAAAUAAACCUCAGAAGCUUGGAUUGCACCAGCGAGAAAUAUUUCUAUUUAAUGAUCUUCUUGUGGUGACAAAGAUUUUUCAAAAGAAGAAGAACUCAGUUACAUACAGUUUUCGACAGUCCUUUUCCCUCUAUGGAAUGCAAGUUCUUCUUUUUGAGAACCAGUAUUAUCCCAAUGGUAUUCGGCUUACAUCAGCUGUUCCAGGAGCAGAUAUUAAAGUACUAAUAAAUUUCAAUGCACCAAAUCCUCAGGACAGAAAGAAGUUUACAGAUGAUUUGAGGGAGUCAAUUGCAGAGGUUCAAGAAAUGGAAAAGCACAGAAUAGAGUCUGAGCUAGAAAAACAGAAGGGCGUGGUGCGUCCAAGCAUGUCUCAGUGCUCCAGUCUGAAAAAAGAUUCUGGCAAUGGGACGCUGACCAGAGCUUGCCUGGACGACAGCUACGCGACUGGGGAGGGGCUGAAGAGAAGCGCGCUGAGCAGCUCCCUGAGAGACCUGUCCGAAGCAGGCAAGCGUGGGCGACGCAGCAGUGCAGGAUCGCUAGACAGCAAUAUGGAAGGGUCCAUCAUUAGCAGUCCUCACAUGCGCCGAAGAGCUACAUCAACCCGAGAGUGUCCAUCUCGCCCUCACCAGACUAUGCCUAACUCCUCCUCACUCCUAGGUUCCUUAUUUGGUAGUAAAAGGGGAAAGCCACCUUCCCAAGGCCAUCCACCAUCUGGCUCAUCACAGCAACCUCCGCACCCUCCAGUAAUCCCACAUCAGCAGCACUCACAGCAUCCUUCUGCCAUGCAUCACGCAGGGCCAGCUGAGGGGCAGACACAGGCACAAGUGCACUCUCACCAUUCGCAGUACUGCCACAUGCAGCAGAACCCGCCGCCCUACCACCACCACCACCACUACCACCCUCCCCAGCACAUCCAGCACCCGCACCAGUACCACCAACACGUGCCCCAUUCCCAGCACGCGGCGCACUCCCAGCACGCCCCGUACAUGCAGCACCCCCACGCGCCGCAUACCCACCCUCCUCAUCCGCCGCUGCCCCCUCCGCACCCCGGGCACUCUUCUCAUCCCCAGCACUCUCAGCAUCACCACGGACCGCCACCACCUCCCUCCACUUCAGCCAGCACUAAGCCCAAACACAGUGGCAUCAGCACAAUAGUCUAG